AUGAAUGGAUACCCUGACGACCGUGAGCUUCCCGAGCUGACCAACGAGCAAAUCGAAACACUAUACCAAAUCUGCCUUGCCGCCUCCAAAGCUCGAGGAUCGAUCUUCGCCGCGCUUUUCGCCCACUACCACAGCCACUUUGAGCAACAUGGAUUGGACACGAGUCGCGACAACACCAUCUUCCGCUGGCUGUUUCCCAUCGGCGACAGCGCAAGACGCGACAAGAGUGCUGGGCAGAGAGUGGAUCUGGUCAAGCACUUGAGGAGUGUGCUGGCUGCUCAAGGCAUUGAAACCGUCUUGUCGAAUGAAGAGUAUGAUGAAGCGGCCGACGAAGAGACAAGAUCGUUGAAAGUCUCUCAUACGCCACUACGAAAGGCGAGGAAUCGCCCGGACCGAAGGGUCUCUUUUGACGACGCAAAGUUGGAAGAGACAUGGCUUAGCGAGCAUUCGGAACUGGGACGUGAUUCUCCAUACCCAGUCAACCAAGGACUAUUGAGUCAGCCCCCACGACGAAACCGUGACUUCGGACAUCCUCAGCGCGCGAGGUCUACGAGCAGCUCGAAUCGAUAUCAAACUCGCCAACCAGCCAUCAAGCACUUCCAGGAAACAUCGCCGUCGCCGCCAUACACUUCCGAUUAUGGAGCUGAGGGAAAUCCUACACUUCUCUUUGAGGUCUCGCAGACCCAACUCGAGCAGCAUGCCGAAGCUUUCUAUGAGACUACCAACGUUCGCACCAUGAGACGUUAUUUGCAUGUUUGGCAUGAUCAGGCACUUGCGCUGCAAUCUGCUCAUGCUCAGGCAUGGGCCUUUGCUGCAAAUUUUGAUCGACGCAAGCUGCUGAAAGACUCUCUGGACACCCUUCUUGCGACUCUGAUCGCCAGAAGGGAAGAACGACAGCGCAUCCUCGACGCAGAACGAUUGGAACGGGAAGCCCAGGCGCGAGAGCAGCAGCGCAUUCUGUCUCUCGAAGCUAAAGCUGCCAAGCUGCUGCGCAAGCGCGAUUCCAGCCUGUUGUACAAGGGUUUUAGCCACUGGCUCGAAGCCUUGAGGUAUCAGCGGCGGGCGAUCCAAAAUGCGAAACAAGUAAUUCUUCGAGUGAGAUACUUCCACAAGUGGCGCAAGAUCACCGUCGAGAAUGUGACGAAGGCUCGGCGUGUCUUGAGUCGCAAGUAUCUUAAGCUUUGGCGCGAUCAGCAAAAUCAUCGAGCAUUAGCUGGAGAGCAAGCGACGGCACACUUCGAGGAGACCGUCACGAAGAAGUAUUUGCAGUAUCUCAGACUAACAUUUCGUGAACGGCGACUGCCAGAUUUGCUGCAGGAGAGGAAAGAGCUUGGUGUGCUGCAUACUCUGCAGACGCGCUUGCAGGCUGUUCGCCUUCAGACAUCAAAAGCAGACAAUUUCAGAAACAGAAAACUGCUCAGCCUAGGAUUCAACCGAGUCGCAGAAGCUGCGCGCGCACAGCAGGAAGCUGUACAUCUUGCCGAAAAUCAUCAUGGUCGGACUGCUCUGGUCAAUUGCUUCCGUGCUCUGCAGCUUCGUGCGAAAUUGACUCCGGGGAAGAAGACUGUUGCUUCGAAGGUCGAUCUAGAUCUUAAACGCAAAGCACUAGGCGUGUGGCAAUUGAACUUCAAGUUUUCACGUCAAGCUGCCGAAGCAGAUCGAAAGCGAAUUUUGCAGUCAGCUUGGACGAGCUGGAACGAUGCGUUGCGUUGCAGAGCACUUGGGCAACGCAUUGAUGAGCGGGUGCUUGCGGAGAACCUGUACAAAUGGGUCCUGCAGACACGAUUGAGAGACUUCCAGCGAAGACAGAAUGGCAAUCUGUUGGCUCGGAUUAUGAAUGCUUGGUAUUGCAAACUGCAGACAAGACAAGCAACACUCAAGCAGGCGGCCACGACCCUUGCGGCAAAUCAACGCAGACGAACCUUGAGAUCAGGAAUGGUGCGCCUAAAUUUGGCACUUCGACAACAAGAAGAUGCUGAACGAGCGGCAGUCGAGUUUGCUAACAGCAGAACCUUGCCCAGUGUAUUGGAUGUCUGGAAGGAGCAAACCGCACACGCAAGGAUGCUCGCGAAGUGGGCAGUUGAUGCUCGCUUCUACUGUCUCGCCACUCGUACUAUUCGUCUCUGGCGUGAACGGACGGAGGAGCACCAACAUAGUCGCCGAAGAGAUGCAUACGCGCAGGUCAGGGCACAGAUCAAAUUGCGCCUUGUCCGGCAAUGCUUCUCGAAAAUGCAGCAUCGAUGUGCAGAGAUUCAGGCCAUGCAGGGCGAAGCAGAGACACGAGCCAGUGCAAGGCUUUUUGCCAUCGGCACAGAUGCAUUCGACAAGAUGCGCGACAAGACGGCACAACUUCAGGAACUCAAGAUUCGAGCAAUGGCCAUAGACCAGGAGAAGCUGCUUGGAUCAGCCCUGUCGGCGCUCGUGAAUCAACGGGCAGAUUUGUCUGCCAUCGAAGAACAAGCCAUGGUCUUCAGACAAGAAUCUGACUUAUCCCUUCUUGCUACCGCGCUCAAGCGAGUACAAUGGGUCACCUUCACUGCCGCUCGGCGCAGAGAGACUGCAGAUGCGCUUUGGGCGAGAAAUCGCGAUCAGCAUAUCAAGAAUAUGAUUCGGCACUGGGCAUCGCAAGCGGCUCAGCUGAAGGCCGCGAAGGCUGAUGGGGUGCGCAGGAGUGAGGUUGAAAGCCCUAGCCUUCGCCCUGCUAGCCGUGCUGCAGCUCGAUCCGCCGAGAGACCAGCUUUUAACAGCUCUCCUCCAGUCGCAUCUGCAACACCUGCGUACAUGCGAACACCAUCUCGCUCAAGAAAAACAGCUCGCUUCAAGCCUUUACCAACUCCAGCUCACGUCACGCCCAUGACUUUUGAUCCAGGCUACUUCGUCACAACACCUGAUCCGCUGACGAACGCGCGAUCUGAGCGGGAAGUUGAAGAUGGCGGAGAACAGGACAUCUUCCAAGGCCUGACGCCGCAGAUCACACCUUUCGCGCGCAAGCUACGUGCUGGCGGGAUCAGCAAUACUCCCGCCAAAGCGCCGCCAUCCGCACUGAGGAGCAGUGUAUUUGGUAGAUCGACAGCUGCAGGUGGGACGGCCAAGAGUGUCAGGUUCGCAGGAUCUAGCAGAUUUGGCAGCGGCAUAUCGAGGCUGAGUCCUCCUGAUGAAAGUACGUAG